GGUUAAGAAGUGAUGGCGCAGCGCAGUCGGAGCUUGAGACUGGGACUGUGAAGCUGCAGCUCACUGGUCUCAGGAUUGUCCGCGCGAGCGGGGACUGCGAAGUUGGCCGUUAUUUUACAAAGCGUGGGACUCGCGACUCGAGGAUCAUGCCAGCUGCUUGUGAUUCAUUAGUGGAAGACAUUGAAGAUAUUGUAUCAGCACAAGAUCCAAAACCUCAUAAUCGACAGUUUGCAAAACAGAACAUUGUCCCACAUGUUAGAAAGAGAAACAAACACAAGCAGGAUGAGGGGACAGAAGAUCUACAGGCUGACAGUGUUAUCCCUGGUGCACAGAAGAUCUGGGUGAAGACCUGGGGAUGUUCACAUAACAGUUCCGAUGGAGAAUAUAUGGCAGGCCAACUGGCUGUUUAUGGAUAUAAAAUUACAGAUAAUUCAUCUGAUGCAGAUUUAUGGCUGCUAAAUAGUUGUACUGUGAAAAACCCAGCUGAAGACCACUUCAGAAACUCAAUUAAGAAAGCUCAAGAACAGAAUAAAAAGGUAGUAGUUGCUGGAUGUGUUCCUCAAGCCCAACCACGGAUGGACUACAUUAAAGGCUUGAGCAUUAUUGGGGUUCAGCAAAUAGAUCGUGUAGUUGAAGUUGUUGAAGAAACAAUUAAAGGUCACUCUGUGAGACUAUUGGGCCAGAAGAAGGAUAAGGGUAAACGACUCGGCGGAGCUCGACUAGAUUUGCCAAAGAUAAGAAAAAACCCAUUGAUAGAAAUAAUUUCUGUGAACACUGGGUGCCUGAAUGCUUGCACUUACUGUAAAACCAAGCAUGCAAGAGGAGACCUGGCCAGUUACUCAGUUGCAGAACUAGUAGACAGAGCCAUACAGUCGUUUCAAGGAACUAUAUCUACCUCCUUGAAAGCAUUCAAUGUUUUGGUCUUAACCACUUUGUGCUGUUACUGCUACUGCUGUUCAUAUGGAUGUCAAGAAGGUGUCUGUGAAAUAUGGCUGACGAGUGAAGACACAGGGGCUUAUGGAAGAGACAUUGGGACAGACCUUCCAACACUGCUUUGGAAACUGAUCGAAGUUAUUCCUGAGGGAGCAAUGCUGAGGCUUGGUAUGACCAAUCCUCCAUAUAUUUUAGAACAUCUGGAGGAAAUGGCAAAAAUUCUUCUUCAUCCAAGGGUUUAUUCCUUCCUUCAUGUGCCAGUUCAGACUGGAUCAGAUAGCGUUCUUAUGGACAUGAAGAGAGAGUACUGCAUAGCGGACUUUAAAUUGGUAGUAGACUUCUUGAAGAAGCAGGUGCCAGGGAUUACAAUUGCCACCGACAUUAUCUGUGGUUUUCCAGGUGAGACAGAAGCUGACUUUCAAGAAACUCUGAAACUAAUUCAGGAGUAUAAAUUUCCAAGUCUGUUCAUCAAUCAGUUCUAUCCACGUCCGGGCACCCCAGCUGCAAAAAUGGAACAAGUCCCAGCCCAAGUGAAAAAACAAAGAACAAGGAUGCUGUCCCAGCUAUUUCAGUCCUAUACUCCAUAUGACCAUAAGAUUGGUGAGAGGCAGCAUGUUCUGAUAACAGAAGAAUCAUUUGAUGGCCAAUACUAUGUCGCUCACAACAAAUUUUAUGAGCAAGUUCUGGUGCCUAAGCAACCCGAGCUUCUGGGGAAAAUGAUCGAGGUAGAUAUUUAUGAAGCAGGAAAACAUUUUAUGAAGGGUAAACCAGCACAAAAUGGAACAAUCUACACUCCUUCAAUCGUGAAACCCUUAAUAAAGGGUGCAGUAUCGGGGAUGAUGGAGGAAUUCAAGACCAUUAAUGAGAAUGCACAUUACUGCUGGAGCAGUGGAAAGUCCUUCAGUGCAGGCCUGAUGCCUUGGAACCUGAAAUGCCCAAGAGUAAAGAUAGUAUCUGUAAGCCUGGCUGUGUUGGCAGUGAUAACGGCUGUAACUGUAGCAAUAUUCAGAUAGGUCCUUUGAUGUCAACUGAACAAUUUUCUACCUAAAACGAGAUCUGAAACUGUGGUCUCAGUAUUUACACACAAUACUGAGGACGCUUUAAUGAAGGUAGUAUAUGCUUGAACAUUUUAUACAAGUUUACCUUGUUUAAAGCAAGUGGGUAACUUUUUUUUUACUUUUCUGUCCAUGGUAUUGCAAUGCAAGAUCAUGCAGUCGUUAGCCAAUGAGAAGAAUAUUUUUAUUCACACUGUAAAAUCAUGUGUGUUUAUGUUUGAGAUUUUUAAGUGCAUUAGACUUAAUAAAGCAGAAAUGUUUUGCACA